UUAGAGCGCGAUGAAUGAUGGGAAUUAGUGUGAUGGCGCUGCUCAUGAACUGCAAACCUGUAUUGUCGAAGUAUUAACGCGUGGAAUUAAAGGUCCUUAUAUAUUUAUUUAAACGUUUUUCUGAUUUCAGUUCUGGUUCCUCGGUGCCAAAUUAACCCAUUAUGUCAUCUCCAAAUAAAGCUGUUGAGAUGCAGCUGCUAAUGCGACAGAAUGCAGAGGAGUUGCAGGAUUUUAUGAGAGACCUAGACAGUUGGGAAAAGGAUAUCAAGAAAAAGGAUGAAGAACUACGAAAAGAUGAUGCUGUAGAGACAGAAACUUGUUUACCUCCUGUUCGAAACAAGGACUACAGAAAGAAGAAAAAAGACAAAAGAAAAAUACCAUCCAAACCUGUAAAAGAUGAAGAGACAAAAGUGCCAAGAAUUAAAUCUUGGGAUUACCAAUCAUGGGAAAACUUUAAUGUCGACAAAGCACUGGAAACCCUAGACAAAGAAGACAGUACUCAAGAAUCACAUGAAUCUGACUCUGAAGAGGAUGGAAUUCAAAUAGACAAAGAGACAGCGCUUGCAGAAAAAGAAAAGGGAAACAACUUUUUUAAAAAUGGAAAAUAUGAUGAUGCAAUAGAGUGCUACACAAGAGGCAUGGAAGCAGACCCCUACAAUCCAGUUCUUCCUACAAACAGGGCAACUUGUUUCUUUCGCCUUAAAAAGUAUGCUGUAGCUGAAUCUGACUGUAAUUUAGCCAUUGCAUUAGAUAGAAACUACGUAAAAGCAUAUGCACGACGAGGUGCAGCUCGUUUUGCCCUCAAGAAGUUUGAGGAUGCUAAAGAGGAUUAUGAGAUGGUUUUAAAACUUGACCCAGAAAACUUUGAAGCAAAAACUGAAUUAAAGAAAAUUGACCAGGCUUUCAUUACAAAAGUGAAUGAACCAGAACACAGAGUUCAAGAAACAAAUAUUGCUUCCGAGAUGGAUGAAAUUGAGAAGAAAAAAAUUGAGCUUCAGCAGGCAAAGCAACAAGCAAUAGUGCAGAAAGAUCUUGGCAAUGGAUAUUUCAAAGAAGGAAAAUAUGAAGCAGCUAUCGAGUGCUAUACUAAAGGAAUAGCAGCAGAUGGCAGUAAUGCAAUUCUCCCAGCUAAUAGAGCCAUGGCUUACUUAAAGCUUGAGAAGUAUUGCGAGGCUGAAAAUGACUGUAAUGCUGCUAUUACUCUGGAUGGCUCAUAUUCAAAAGCUUUUGCAAGAAGAGGAACAGCAAGAGCAGCAAUGGAAAAGCUAAAAGAAGCUAAAGAAGAUUUUGAAAUGGUCUUGAAACUCGAACCUGGCAACAAACAAGCAAGGAAUGAACUUGAAAAAAUUAUAAGCAAAAUGACAGAAAUCGGACUUUUACCAGAAGAAUGUUCACAACAGAAGACAGAGGUUACACAGCCUAACAUUGUGCAGCCAAUAGAAAAACCAUUUCAUAAACAAUCUACAAAACCACUCAAAAGAAUAAAGAUAGAAGAUGUUGAAGAUGAGUUGCCUAUUACUAACCUCCCACUAAGGUUAAACAACCCUGUUGAGUUGACACUGGAUCCAGCAGAAGAAAAUAUCACUGGAGGAGAAUCUAAUACUUUGCAGACUGAUUCAAGUUCCAGAUUUUUGAAAAUAGAGGAGAUACCAAAUACAGAAACAGAAAUAUUAGAAAGUGAUUCAACUGAAUCUCAUAUAGAGGUACAUUCUUCAGCAAAUGUUAUGAGAAAAGCACCAGAUGAAAACAUUAUUGGAAAUGCAUCUUUAGCUCCAUGUUUGUCAAUGCCUCCAGUUCCAACUAAUUCAUUUCAACUUGAAACAGAUCUGAGGAAACUAAAAGAUCAUCCUGACAUGAUGUAUAUUUACCUUAAGCAAAUAGACCCAGCUCAUUUCCCAAAGCUGUUUCAGACAUCUUUAGAACCAGACAUUUUGAAUCAGAUAUUAAACAUUCUUCAUGUCUCUUACAGAAGGCAUGAGUCACCAUCUCUUAUCUUGGAAGUUUUGAAAAACCUAGCUCAAGUGAAAAGGUUUGAUAUGGCAAUCAUGUUCAUGUCAAAAGAAGAAAAGAAUGUUGUAAAGGAUCUUUUCAACUAUAUCUGUAAGGAUGGCUUGGAAGAAGAAGCUGUAAAACUGACAAAAACGAAAUAUAAUGUAUAAAUGUUUGUACUUUUAAGUUACACAAGUUCAAAACCUUAAAUGCUGAUAACUGAGGAGUAUUUUUGCCUGUGUGGCAGUGCAGUAAUGUAACCUUUUGUUGUAACAACUUUUGAAACAUCCAAAUGUUUAGCUUGUCAUAAAUAUGUUGGCUUCCUCUCCAGUAUUAAAUUCCUGCUUUAUACCACUUGCUGCUGUAAUUUAAUAAAAUAUAUUUGUAUAAUUACAA